UUUUCUGGUGGGUGUUUGGGUGGUUCGCUGGAUGGGUGGCUGGGUGGCUGGGUGCCAGGUGAAGUGCUGGCGGGUCAAAGUUGGCCAGGCAACAUUAAGCUCGCCAAGUGUUUCCAUUUUUUCACCUGCGGCGUUGAUUCGUGCACUGGGGAAAAUCGAAUCGGAAAAUGAAACAUCAUUCUACCAGAACUGACAGCUUUAAUGGCAUUUUCUCGAAACUAGUCGAAUUUUUCCAUAAAUAUUAGUCCGUGAGUCAACUAGCAAGGUCGCCAGGCGUCGGCCAACGCACGCACUUGGCGGAUGAACAGGAUCCGCAGGAUUCGCAGGAUGUGCGAGAGGCUGCCACAUAAAUUACACUUUAAUUUUGGAGCAUUUUUGGCCACGGCUUAUAAAUCAACCGAGUUCCAGCAAACGCGCCGCCGACGACAGCUGCUUGCUUCUCCGCCGGAUUCUCUCCGGCUUCGGGUGGCUCCUGGAGGCUCCUGCUCCUGCGGGCUCUUCCUCAUGGUACUUGUUCCCCCCGCUCUCCCCGCGAUCCCUUCACAGCUGAGGGCCAGGCCAGGCCAGGCCACUCGCAAUAUUGAAAUUUCAAUUUAAUUACAUAGAACGAGGGCCCGACCUCAGGCCCAUGAGCCCGCAAAAUGAGCUGUCGCUGUGGUUCAAAAAGAGUCAGCCGCACCACCGAAAAAAACUGGGUGGUGCAUGGUGGUGCAGGGUGGUGGCCUGUUAGAUCUGCUCACUUGAACUGAACUGCUCGGCGGUUUGGCUUAAUUU